AGGGAAUGUAAGUAUAAGAUUUUGCAUCAUAUAUGUACUCAUCUGCAAUUUAAUAAACUUAUAUUGACUUGUUACAAAAAUUCAUAAAUUACAAUAUCAGCACCACCAUCAACAUUACAUUACCCUAGAAGCCACUAAAACCCUGUCCCUGAAAGUUAAACCUUAACAAGCUACAAUGGCAAAACCUUACGCCGUAGGUUUAUUGUCGGCCAUGGCCGCCGCAACUGGUUUAUCUCACAAUCACUCAUUCUCCGACGGCGCUGCUACUUCUUCCGAAGAUCCUGAAUCCCCUCCGCCGCCUCCCAAGUUUCGAAACAACAAUCCAAGGGAUUCACCUCAAGGGUUUGAUCCAGAACCUCUCAUUAAAGGGGCCAAGAUACUCAACGAUAUCGCCAAUGCACCACAUGGAAAAAAUGUGUAUGAGAAUAUUAAAAAGAGAGAGGAUGAAAAACAAGCUGAGAUUGCUCAAAAAACUGCUGAGUUUAAUCGAAUGAAAGCAUUACAUGAAGCUGAAAGACAAAGGGUUGUGUAUGAUGAAAAGAGAAAGCUUAGCCAGCUUAAGGAUCAGAUAAAAUCUCAGCUGGCUAAGUAUAAGGAUGACUUGACAAGGCAGAGGAUGCAGGCAGAAAAUGAACACCAGAGAGCAAGGAACCAACAGCUAGUGAAAAUGCAAGAAGAAUCUUCAAUCAGAUUGGAACAAGCUCGACGUGCAAUAGAAGAACAGAUUCAGGCACAUCGAAGACAGACUGACAGAGAGAUGGCUGAGAUUGAACGUGAAACAAUCAGAAUAAGGGCUAUGGCUGAAGCAGAAGGGAGAGUGCUUGAAAAAAAAUUAGCUGAAGAUGUUAAUAGGCGAAUGCUAAUUGAUCGUGCUAAUAAAGAGCGAGAAAAAUGGGUGGCUGCCAUACAUGCUACUUUUGACCAUGUUGGAGGGGGUGUAAAAGCCAUUCUAACAGAUCAAAAUAAGUUGGUUGUAGCAGUUGGUGGAGUGACUGCUUUGGCAGCAGGGAUCUACACUACAAGGGAAGGUGCACGGGUUAUUUGGGGAUAUGUUGAUAGAAUAUUGGGACAACCAUCAUUGAUCCGAGAGUCCUCCAGAGGGAAAUACCCUUGGUCUGGCAUAUUGUCUCGUACCAUGAGCUCCCUGCCCCAACGUACUGAGCCAGGAUCUGCUUCAAAAGUUGGAAAUGGUUUUGGUGAUGUAAUUUUGCAUCCUUCUCUUAAUAUUAGAAUUGAGCAGCUGGCAUCUGCAACUGCGCAUACAAAGGCCCACAAUGCACCAUUCAGAAACAUACUUUUUUAUGGCCCUCCAGGAACAGGAAAGACAAUGGCUGCCAGAGAGUUGGCUCGUAAAUCUGGAUUAGAUUAUGCAUUGAUGACUGGGGGUGAUGUUGCUCCGCUCGGGUCGCAGGCUGUCACAAAGAUACACCAAUUGUUUGAUUGGUCCAAGAAGUCAAAAAGGGGUUUAUUGCUCUUCAUUGACGAAGCUGAUGCAUUUCUGUGCGAGCGGAACAAGACUUACAUGAGUGAAGCACAAAGAAGUGCACUUAAUGCUCUCCUCUUUCGAACCGGUGACCAAUCCAAAGACAUAGUCCUUGCCCUUGCGACAAACCGUCCCGGUGAUCUCGAUUCAGCCGUGUCAGAUCGUAUUGAUGAGGUCCUGGAAUUUCCCUUGCCCGGAGAAGAGGAGCGCUAUAAACUUCUUAAGCUCUAUCUUGACAAGUACAUUGCCCAAGCUGGAUCAAGAAAACCUGGUUUAAUUCAAAAAUUGUUGAAAGGAAAUCCAAAAAAGAUAGAGAUUAAAGGAUUGACAGAUGAUAUCAUUAAGGAAGCUGCGGCUAAGACCGAGGGAUUUUCUGGAAGGGAAAUAGCGAAACUGAUGGCAGGUGUACAAGCUGCUGUAUAUGGAAGCAAGGAUUGUGUUCUUGACCAAAGCUUGUUCCGUGAAGUGAUCGAUUAUAAAGUUGCUGAGCAUCAACAGAGAAGAAAAUUGGCUGGUGCUGAUAAAGCUCGUGCAUGAGGAUGUUUAUCCAGAUUUUUUCAGCAAUCUUUCUAAGAGAGAUUUUCUCUAGCAUUCAUUGAUUGUCACCACUUGAAGGAAGAUUUUGGAAUUUGAGUAUAGUCAAGUUUUAUUUAGUAUUUAUGACUAUAUUUAACAGCUGAUUCUAGUUUUUUCCGAUUUUGAAAAUUAUUUUCUCCCCUCACCAUUAACCAUUGACUAUAUUUACUGUACUGUGAUUGAGAAGUUUCAAUUUUACGGUGCAAGUUUUUUACAUCGUACCCUAUGUAAUAAUAUGAUUUUCUGGGUUUCAUUA